CAAGCUUCAGAGAGCGCAGCGACAGCGACAUCUUCGAUACACCAGUAUCGUUGCUCUUCUAGAAAAACAAAUCUCUUGAUUCGUGCCUUGAAUUCUUGAUUUACCUCCCAGUGUCACCCCAAGACUUGCUACCGUUGCAGCGAGAUGGCCCGCGUCCACAGCACCGGAGCGGUGGUUACAUUGCUCAAUUUAUUUGCAACCGCUCUUGGCCUCGCCCACGUGCCGAGCUGCAGAUACAUCCCCGGAGAUAUCGGCUGGCCGACGCAGAACGACUGGGCCAGGCUCAACAAGACAGUCGGCGGCCGGCUGAUCGCCACCAAUCCCCAGGCACACGUCUGCCACACCCCGGGGGUCGACCAAGCGGCAUGCGACGCUCUGCGGUCGCGUUUUCACUUUGAGGAGGCACCUCCUUCCUUCGUGACUCGGCUUAACCUUACCAUCACAGAGUGGGACAAUGCCCCAACCUACGUCGACAAACCAGCUGAGAUGAUCAAUGCCUACUGGCAGAACCAGUCCUGCGAUCCAUUCGCCCAUACGUCGCGGCCCUGCGUCCUCGGCAACUACCCCGUCUACUCGAUCAACGUCAGCAACGCCGAUGAUGUGGUGGCCGGGAUGCAGUUUGCACGCAAGCAGAACAUCAGGCUGUCAGUGCACAACACGGGCCAUGACUACAAUGGCAGAUCAAGCGGCCAGGGCUCGCUCUCGCUGUGGACCCACAACCUGCAGACCAAGGAGAUCAUCCGCCAGUACCGCAGCCGCGUGUAUUCCGGCCCGGCGGUCAAGCUGGGGGCCGGAGUGCACGCCGGGGUGGCGCUGCAGUACGUGGCGCAGCAGGGCUACCGGCUGGUGACGGGCGAGUGCGGCACCGUGGGCGUCGCCGGCGGCUACUCAAUGGGCGGCGGCCACAGCCCGCUCAACAGCUUGUACGGCAUGGCGGCCGAUAACGUGCUGGAGUGGGAAGUAGUCACGGGCGAGGGUAAGCACAUCGUCGCCACGCCCGACAAGAAUGCCGACAUCUACUGGGCCAUGACGGGCGGCGGCGGCGGCACGUACGGCGUGGCGCUCAGCAUGACGACGCGCAUCCACGCCGACGGGCCCGUGGUCGGCCCCGUGCUGAGCUUCACGAGCCCCAACGUCGGCAACGAGACCUACUGGGCCGCCGUAGGCGCCUUCCUGAAGCGGCUGCCGGCCAUGAUCCAGGGCACGCCCAACUCGAUCCAGUUCAGCUUCUGGAACAACCAGUUCGCCGCGCUGGUCGUGAUUCCGGACCAGACCAACACCUCCGUCGCCGACGCCCUGCUGGCCCCGCUGCUGGGCGAUCUCAAGACCAUCGGCAUGCCGUACAGCCUGAGCGUGAGCCAGUCCAAGUCGUACGCCGACUACUACAACACGUGGUACGGCCCGCUGCCGUUCGGCUACGAGCCGCCGUCGACGACGCUCAACAGCCGCCUGGUGCCCGCGCGGGUGGCGGCCGACGACAAGGCCCGCCCCAAGCUGAUCGACGCCAUGAAGCUCACCACGCAGGACGGCCAGUUCCUGGUUGGCUGCUCGGCCGGGGACGCCAACCGCACGCCGCACCCGGACAACGCCGUCCUGCCCGCCUGGCGCGAGUCCGUGGCCAUCUGCAACCUCAACGCCUUCUGGAACUGGACGGCCCCGAUCGAGCACAAUCUCGGCAUCAAGCGCGCCAUGGUCGACGUCUAUGCGCCGGCCUGGGACGCCGCCACGCCCGGGUCGGGCGUCUAUCUGAACGAGAUCGAUCCGUGGUAUAAGGGCGACUUCAAGGUCAACAUGUUUGGUGCGAACUAUCCGCGCCUGUUGGAUAUCAAGCACAAGUAUGAUCCGUACCAUCUGUUCUAUGGACACCAUUCGGUGGGAUCUGAUGAGUUUACCAUCGAUGGGGCGGGGAGACUGUGCUAUUCCGGGCGCUGAGAUGGCUUUCAGCAUUUUCCUUGGGCAGGAGCGGGUACUACUCCGGUACUAGGGUAGAGGGUUAGAGUGUGGUGGGCUUGACGUUUCUUACACGUUGUGGGCUUUCCUAUCACUUCUACUUUUCAUCGUG